CAAGCACUGAGUGCCUGCAGCCUCGGGGUCCCCAUAUGCCAUGCCAUGCCACCCCUUCCUGGGUACUGAGCACCCGCAGCCUAAGGGUCCUUAUGGGCUGUGCUGCAUCUCCCCUCCCCUGGCACUGUGUGGCCAAAGCCUCAGGGUUACUCUGGAACCCAGGAACAGGCAGAGGGCAUAAGGACUGUGUAAAGGUUCACAGGGAUCCUCUGGGUCAGCUGUAUGCAUAAUACUGUGUCAAAGGGUGGCAUAUGAAGUCUCUACCAAUAGUCAGCAAUGCACUGAUCAUUAUGAUCAUUGCAAGAUGUAGGUAGGAUGAUAUUUCAAGAGCUAGGGAGCUACACCGCACACUGUAUUCCUAAGGUCUGUGAGUUGCAGAUAUCACCAGACCAUGAGAAACACGCUCCCGGCAGCAGGAGGGAAGGGAUUUGUCUCUCUCUGCAUCAACUGUCCCACAACGGAGGCCCAUCUGCAGCCUGAGCAGCAUGCUGGUCAAGAGUUUGUAAAAUCAACAGGAAAGGAAAACACAGGAAAACCCCACUGGUUAGGGGGUGUCAUUCAAACAAUGGAUUGGAGGGCCUAACUCCGGGUGAAGAGACACCUGGGAUGCGUCACCGAGGAGGCAAGCUGCCAGCUGUGCCUUGUCCACAGAUGGACAAUCACAACCAGGCCAAGCUGUUCCACACUGGGAAGACUUUGGGUGAGCGUCGCUCCAGAAGCCCCUGUAGAGAUUCCCGGAUCGUGCCCAUGGGCAUCAUCAGGUUGGCAGAUGUGAUUAAGGAGGAGGCUGCGGAGGCUGUGAGAUCGUUCCCUCUGCAACACUAUCGAGACCGCGUCAUAGCCCUGGAUGCCUCCAUUGCCAUUUACCAGUUCCGCACGGCCAUGCCAAAGAUCUUCAACCGCAACGGGGAGAACAUCAGUCACUUGCAGGGGCUGUUUUACCGGACGCUGCAUCUCCUGGAAAAUGGCAUCAAACCGGUGUUUGUGUUUGACGGGCGGCCCCCUGACCUCAAACAGCCACUGUUGGCCCGGCGGGCAGAGGCUGCCAGGGCUAGGAGAGAAGCUGCAGAGUCCCCCCUGGCUGAAAACCUGCAGCGGCCCCUGAAGCAGGAUUGUGAGACCCUGCUGAGCUACCUGGGUGUGCCAUGUGUGCAGGCUCCGGCUGAGGCAGAAGCCACCUGCGCAGCUCUGGUGAAGUCUGGAAAGGUUUGGUGCACGGCCACGGAGGACAUGGACGCGCUGCCUUUUGGGAGCCUCCGUCUGAUCCGCCACCUGAGCGCCAAGAAAAGCUGUGAAGUGGAAGAGUUUUCCCUGCCUGACAUUCUGCAGAAGCUGGGGAUGACUCAGGAGCAGUUCGUGGACCUGUGCAUCUUGCUGGGCUGUGAUUACUGUGGGAAGAUCUGGCGGCUGGGCCCCAAGAAGGCCCUCAAGCUGCUGCAGCAACAUGGCACCAUCGAGCAGGUUCUCCAGAACAUCGACCCGCAGAAGCACCCGCUACCCGCCAACUGGGACCUGGAGGGAGCUCGCAGGCUCUUCUUGCAGCCGGAGGUGGCCGACCCGGGCCAGAUAACACUGGAGUGGCGCGACCCCGACCCGGAGGGGCUGGUGCAGUUCCUCGCCCACGAGAAGCACAUGAACGAGUCGCGGGUGUGCCGGCGGCUGCAGCAGUGGCAUGAGGCCCAGCCCAAGCCCAAGGAGGCCCAGCCAAAGCAGCAAGUGCCCCGGGAGGGCAGGAGGCUGCGGAAGCUGGGCGAGUUCUUCCCAGCCAGCAAACGGGCACGUCCACCGGAGGUGCCCGGCCCCCGGCCCAGCAGGAAGAGACAGAAACUGCAGGCAGGGACGCCUGGGGAAGCAGGCAGCCCGGAGCCAGGGAAGUGAGAUGCUGGCCUUGCGCCUGCUCCCACCACAGCACCCAUACACUGCCGUCUGCUCUCCCCCAGGCCUUCUGCCAGCCACGGCCAGUGGGCAGCCGGGGCAACAUGCCGGGAGCCCCGCGGCUGAACCUGAUGGGCACGGACAGAACCAAAUCGCAGCCGCUCUCGACUUUAAUGCCCAGGUGCAGCCCAUGCUCCAGCAUGCAAUAUGGCCCAGCGAGGCACUGAAUGCUGGGAGCUGCAGUCUCUGCCAGCCGCCCACGGGCACUGUCCUUAGGAGACAGCUGCAUGGCCUGUGGCUCAGGGUGCAAAGUGCAGAGUGUGUGUGUGUGUGAUGAGGGGCAAGAACAGCGGGCUGGACAGGUUGGUUCAGUAGCCCCUUCCUGAGAGCUCCAACAGAUUUUGUGGAUCGGGAUUGAGGGGCACUGGCAGAGCUGUGGGGAGCCCAGGGCUGGGAUAGGAGGCUGCGGGUCGGGAUUGAGAGGCACCGGCAGAGCUGGG